AUGGCGACGCUCAACCGCCGAGCCUUGAUAUUUACAAUCUCCGGCCUGGCUACAUGUGUACUUUUGACAUGGUACCUGUUAUCGGGCCAUGAAAGACCACCGUUGCCCGCAGUGCCCCAUGGUUUCGGCCCGCCAAGGCCAUCAACAUGGGAUUACAGAAGAGAUGCGAAUAACCUGAGGCUCGAUUUGCGACAAUGCGAGCAGGCUUUUCCGGGGCUGUUUGAGGAAGUCGAAAGGCCUCUGGCAGACAGAAGAAAUUCAUCCAUCACUCUUGAGGAGCUGGACUCGGUUCCAAGACAAAAUGGAUAUGUUCGCGGCAUGAUUUAUGACCAACAGCUCUAUGUGAUCGAAAAAACAGGCGGCAUCUAUUCACGCGAACUUGCGACACUCCAUGCCUUGCACCGGGCGAUUAUCUCGGCCCCCGAACCUUUGCCAAACAUCGAAUUCGUGUUCAACAGCGACGAUCGCAUUCCGUCAGUGGCCAUUUGGGGUUAUGCCAGACGGGAGCAAGACACCAAGAUCUGGCUGAUUCCUGAUUUUGGCUACUGGUCAUGGCCCGAGACCAAAGUUGGGACCAUGCGAGAGGUGCAGAUGAAAGCCGUGGAGACCGAACAGGACGAUGGCUGGUCAUGGUCGUCAAAGGUACCCAAGCUGCUCUGGCGAGGCGCCACGAUGGGCCUGGAGUUACGGGAGAAUUUCCUCAAAGCCGCAGCGGACCAACCUUGGGCCGAUGUCAAGGCUCUGGAAUGGAAGAACAAGGAGUCAAUGGCCCAUGACCUCAAGUCUAUGCCUGAGCACUGCCAGUACAAAUACCUGGCCCAUACCGAAGGCAAUUCUUACUCGGGACGAUUGAAGUAUCUUCAGAGUUGUAAGUCGGUCGUGGUUGCGCACAAAAUGGACUGGAUCCAACAUCACCACCCUCUGAUGCGAUCGGACGGGCCAGACAAAAAUUACGUCCAAGUCGAGCGCAGCUAUGAGGAUCUCCCGGAGAAGAUGGCAUGGCUUCAAGCGCAUGACAGGGACGCCGAGAGAAUCGCUUCAAACAGUGUGCAAACAUUCCGCGACCGCUAUCUGACUCCUGCUGCUGAGGCCUGUUACUGGCGAAGACUGAUCCAUGGCUGGUCCAUGGUGAGUUUUGUGCCGGAAUUUUAUGAAAUUGUGGAUGGCAAGAAGAAAUGGAGGGGCCUUCCUGUCGAGUCGUUCUUCUUGGAACGAAGAUUGGAAUGGGAUCCUUAUUGA